AUGUCUUCCGCUCAGCAACGCCUGAACCAAGUCUCCUCCCACUUUAGUGGCAAGAAGGGAGCCGCCGGUAUCACCGAGAAACACCCCGAUGACAUUGUCGUGACCUGUGCUCUGCGCACUGCCCUUACCAAGGGUGGAAAGGGUGGCUUCAAGGACACUGCCGCCGCUGACCUGCUGGCCGGCGUCUUCAAGGCCGUGAUCAACAAGAGUGGUAUCGACCCCAAGGCCGUCGAGGAUAUUGCUGUCGGCUCCGUCCUGGCCCCCGGUGGUGGUGCGACCGAGUUCCGUGCCGCAGCUCUCGUUGCUGGUUUCCCUGAGACUGCAGCCGUCAAGAGUCUGAACCGUCAGUGCUCCAGUGGUCUUCAGGCCAUCGUUGAUAUUGCCAAUGCUCUUCAGUCUGGCAUGAUCGAUGUUGGUAUCGGUGCCGGUGUUGAGAGCAUGUCCUCCCAGUACGGCCCCGGUGCCGUCACUGAGUUCUCCGAGCUCCUUGAGUCUCACCCCGAGUCCGCCAACUGCAAGGUCCCCAUGGGUGUUCUGUCCGAGGAUAUGGCCAAGGACCGCGGUGUCACUCGUGCCGCUCAGGACUCCUUUGCUGCUUCUUCCUACCAGAAGGCCCUCAAGGCCCAGAAGACUGGCGAGGAGAAGACUAUCACAGUUAAGGCUGAUGAUGGAAUCCGUGAGGGCAUCACCGCCGAAUCUCUGGGCAAGAUCCGCCCUGCUUUCGCCAAGGACGGCUCUAUCCACGCCGGUAACGCCUCUCAGAUCUCCGACGGUGCUGCCGCCGUCCUCCUCAUGAAGCGCUCCACCGCCGAGCGCCUCGGCCAGAAGAUCAUCGGCAAGUACGUCUCUGCCAGCGUUGUCGGUGUCAAGCCCCUGCUCAUGGGUGUCGGCCCCUGGGCUUCUAUUCCCCUUGCCCUCGAGAAGGCCGGCAUCACCAAGGAUGAUGUCGAUAUCUACGAGAUCAACGAGGCUUUCGCCUCCCAGUGCGUGUGGUGUGUCAACGAGCUUGGCCUGCCCCAGGAGAAGAUCAACCCCAAGGGUGGUGCCAUUGCCUUCGGUCACCCUCUUGGCUGCACCGGUUCCCGCCAGGUCAGCACCCUUCUGACUGAGCUCCACCGCACAAACAAGAAGGUCGGUGUCACCUCCAUGUGUGUUGGUACCGGUAUGGGCAUGGCUGCUGUCUGGGUUGCCGAGUAA